GUGCUUGUGAUAAGCCGGGACAGUCAGUCAGAGCCUAUUUAAAAGGCAGAUGCGCCAACGGUCUUCAUUUCUCCACCGAGUCUCAGAUUACUAAGAAUAAUAACCAUGAAGGCCCUUGUGCUUCUGCUUGUUUUGGCCGUCGGUGUUUGUACAACUGCAGAGAAAAUUGUGUGCUACUUCUCGUCCUGGGCUGUGUACCGACCUGAACCUGGGAGUUACGAUGUAGAUGAUAUUGACCCUCACCUGUGUACUCACCUGAUCUUCAGUUUUGCUGGCCUGAGCAACUACACCUGGCAGAUUGAGGUACUGGAUCCCUGGAACGAGUUGUGCCCACCCGAAGGAAAUAAUUGCGCGUAUAAGCGCUUCGUCGCACUGAAAGACUUCAAUCCUUCGUUGACUAUACUUCUUGCAAUCGGUGGCUGGAACGAAGGGUCGGAAGACUACUCGCGAAUGGCGGAAGACCCUUCCAAAAGGGCAACCUUCGUCAGAAGCGUUGUCUCCCUCUUGCACCUACAUGGCUUUGAAGGCCUGGACUUCGACUGGGAAUAUCCAACCCAGAGAGGGGGAGCUCCCCAGGAUAAGGAGAAUUUCAUAACUCUGAUGACAGAACUUAAGGAGGCCUUCGAUGCAUCCAGUCCCCGCCUGAUACUGACGGGUGCCUUGGCUGCUGGAAAGUCCAUCAUUGACGAGGCCUACGACAUGGAGAGGCUGAUUCCCCUUUUCGACCAGUUGCACAUCAUGGCCUACGAUUACCAUGGCUGCUUCGAGACCUUCACACACCACAACGCACCUCUCUGCGGUUACUAUGCAGACACUGGGGACAUGGCCUACUUCAAUGUGAAUUUCACCGUCUCCUACUACCUGGACUUAGGGGUGCCCAAGGACAAGCUAGUCAUGGGCACUCCCCUCUACGGACGAUGCUACACCCUCGACAACUUUGAGGAGCACGGGAUGCUGGCGCCUGCCCACUCCUGUGGUGCCGCUGGACCCUACGUCCGAAUUCCAGGCACUCUGGCCGCUAAUGAGAUCUGCGAAAGGCUGAAACGAGAUCGCUCCUGCACUGUGGUCCACGACCCUAACCUCCACGAGCCUUAUUUCUACUGCAUGAGUGACUACCUUUGGUGCGGCUAUGACGAUGCCGACUCCCUGUACCUCAAGGCAAGGUAUGUGAAGAACUUGGGUCUAGCUGGAGUCGUAAUUUGGACGAUGGAUGAGGACGACUUCCACGGUAUGUGCUAUGAUGAGACGUCUCAUCUGAUCAAGCAUAUGAAGGAGGCCUUGGACAAAGAAGCAGGCGGGGACGAAAUCAGGUGUGAUAGUCCACCUUUGCCUACAACAACACCAACAACAACAACAACAACAACACCAACAACAACAUCAACAACAACACCAACAACUACAACAACAACAACAACAACAACAACACCAACAACAACAACAACAACAACAACACCAACAACUACAACAACAACAACACCAACAACAACAUCAACAACAACAACACCAACAACCACAACAACAACAACCCCAACAACAACAUCGACAACAACAACAACCCCAACCACAACAACAACAAUCAUGCCUGGCCCAACAACAACACCGUCACCCUUUGCAAGGCCAAACUGUACUGGUGUAGCAGACGGGACAAUAUUCCCCCACAUGGACUGCGAUAAGUACUGGGAAUGUGAACAUGGAGGCGCUACCUUGAUGAGCUGUGCACCAGGAACACUUUUCGAUAUCACAAUCCCCGGAUGCAACUGGGAGGAUGAGGUUGAUAAAAGUCAAUGCAGGUACUGGAGCUGUCAAAUUGAGAAUCUGAAGUACCCUGCCGAAAACUGUGAUGAGUUCUACGAAUGUGAGCAUGGGGCCCCUAUAUUACGGUCGUGUAGCCCACUCUACUGGAAUCAGGAGAUUGAAAACUGUGACAGACCAGAGAAUGUGGACACUUCAUUAUGCAAUGAACCAGAUUAUUAGGAUUGCUGUAAUAAUGACACUACCAACUUCUUAUAGGAUCCAGAUCAUUAAUCCUGCAAUAUUCCACAGAUAAUUGAGGGACUAAAAUCUGGAGUUUCUUUUCCUAUUCAGGUUGAAUCUGUAAUUUCUGUUGCAUGUACAGUCAGUCCCCGGUUAUUGGCGGACUUGGUUAAUGGCAACCUGGUUUUAAGGCACUUGUCUAGCGCCAUAAUGGACCAAGUUUCGGUUAUUGGCGCCAUGAGGUUCUGAUGAUGGACUUAUGGCGCCAUAACAUACCUAAACAUUCCUAACAGAGGCACCAUUAACCGAAACAUGGCGCCAUAAGCACCAUAAAUCACCAAGUUUUGGUUAAUGGCUGGUUCCUCUUAUCAGCACCCUGCUGAUAACGGAACCCCCGCCGAUAACCAGGGACUGCCUUUAUCUGGUAAACUUACAGAGGGUCAGAGACCAAAUAAAGAUGUAAAGCAGGGGCAACAAAAAAUGACAAAAUUCAUUGGUCUCCAAUAAUGUAAUUCAGAAAAGCUACAGUAGACACCAUCCUACUUAUGAACAUUCAACUUACAAACAUUCAGAGAUACAAACAAACAUGAUCACAAAUUGAAGUUGUGUUCUGAGCACUCCUCUUUGCUGCCCAUAAGUUCAAAUUUUUUCAGCACCAAUUCUGUACAUACAGUACUGUAUAUACAAUGUAUUGUUUUAGGAUGAAAAAAUGUACAGCAUUGUGUUGAUUGAAGAGUACAGUAACCAACAAGCAAUUCAACAUACAAACGGCUGUCCAGAACAUAACUCGUUUGUAAGUAGGGUGGUGUCUGUACUUACAUUCACAACUCCACUUCUGUUGUGGAGCACAAGAAACCUUGGCUGCUAUUCAACAAUUGCUUCCAAACUUUAAAAGUAACAUGGGAAUGGGACAACUACUGCAUCCUGAUCCAAAACCCUCUCAUUUUAAUUGGAAUUGAAUUAUGUACAACCUUAAUUAUGUUCACAAAUAACAGGAAUUAAAAAGUCCUUCUGAUCCUACAUUUGAAAGCACUAAAACUUAUUUCACUUGGGGCAAGUUCUCUCAGUGUGAGAGAUGAAAUUACCAGUUAUCUCAUGUAUCAAACUUUAGUCUUUCUAUGACUUACUAUGUAUUUGAUAAUGUACAAUCAGCAAGAAAAGUGAAGAUAGUACAGUUAUCAUUAGCUUUUGUUAAUCGAAUUUCCCAUUUGUAUUUUACUGAAAAGACAUAAUCUCACUAAAUUUACUCUAGAAUAUGAAAAUACAAUGCAAAUUAUAUUAGUUAACACUACAAAACAAAACAGUUCAGACUUAAAAACAUGAUAUAUGUCCGAAGUAAUUGGAAUUUCUCAGAUGGAUUCGUUCAUAGAUAUCUGGAAUACAGUGUGAAUUUCUGAUUGUAGUAAAACGUAUCACGACGACAA